UGCGUCUCCUUUCUGACACAACCGGCUUCAACUCUAUCACUGCCAUCACAACACUUUCUGGAGUCACUAAGUGCUUCAAGUAACUUUACAUUUCAGACAUUUUAGCCAAAAGGACAGAACUUUCGACAUGUCUUUCGAGGUGAAGGAGAAGACAGAGGUGCGUCUGGUGUUUUUGGGAGCAGCUGGAGUGGGAAAGACAGCUCUCAUCCAACGCUUCCUCAAAGACACAUUCGAACCCAAGCAUCGGCGUACAGUGGAAGAGCUCCACAGGAAGGACUACGAGGUGGGGGGGAUGAAAGUCACCGUCAACAUCAUGGACACCAGCGGCAGCUACUCCUUUCCGGCCAUGCGUAAGCUCUCCAUCGAGAAGAGCGAUGCCUUCGCCCUGGUCUACGCCGUGGACGACCCCGCGUCCCUGGAGGCCGUCAAGAGUCUACGAGACGAGAUCCUGGAGGUCAAAGAGGACAAGUACACCCCCAUUGUGGUGAUAGGCAACAAGAUUGACAAUGAACGCCAGGUGUCCAGUGAGGAGGUGCUGUCCACGGUGGAGCUGGACUGGAACCACAGCUUCCUGGAGUCCUCGGCCAAAGACAACGUCAACGUACUAGAGGCGUUCAAGGAGCUGCUCCAACAGGCCAACGUGCCCAGUUCACUGAGUCCAGCACUGUGCAGGAGACGGGAAACCUUCCCAAAGGAGAGCAGCAAAAGACCCCCCAUGAACAAGACCAACAGCUGUCGCAUCUCGUAAUGAUAGAAAACUGUUCAAAGAGACUGAAGGGGACAAAACCCACCCAGAGACACUAUCGAAUGUUGUAAAACUCCACUGAAUCACUGAGUUGGCGCCACUUUCCUCAUCAGAUUGUGGAGACAUUGAGAUCCUCUGACAAGGACAGGAGUAUAGGGUUGAAAACUGAAACCAAGAAAAGACAGAAACUCCUUAUGUUGAAUGUGAAAUUUUAAAAUAUGUAUAUAAUGAUGAUGCAGAAGCAGCACUAUGUAUUAUACGCUCAGUCUCCACUCAGAUCUGUGCAUACGUGAUAGGAUUUUGUGUUGCUGGUAAUGAAAAAGUGCAAUAACUGUGAAGUCAUGAAUGUUUAUGCAAUGUCUUUUUGUCUUUUUUGCCUGUAUUAUAGUUUAAAAAUCCAGUCAAACCAGUGAGAAAACAUAUUGUUGUAUUGUAAUUCCUUGCAGCUUUGAAACACUGCUUUGCAAUCGCUCGUUUGGCUUUGAAACAUUCUAAAUGAUGCAUUUACAGUGUCAUUUCUCAAUUUGUUUGGGGUAAUAAAUUAUUUUUAUAAAUGGA